GUUUCUUACCAGCCGGGCGGGCCGGGGCCUCUUUCGCCCUGACCCACCCGGGGUGAAGCGCGGCCUGGCUGGGUGGGCAGGAUGAGUUUCAGUGCCUGGCUCCCGAGCCUCCUCCGGAGAGCUGGAAGCUCAUCUCUUUCACCUGCAGAAGUUGGUCCGGUAACAGAUCUUGCCUCCUGCACCAUGUCCCGCUAAUAUCCUGGGACCCACAAGUUACAACUACACUGCAAACAACACUUUCUGGUGAUCUUUUGAGGCCCACCCACUUACCCUGGUCCAACACUAAAAUAAACACACAGAGUUGAGCCUCUGCCUCUCUCCAGUGCUUUAUGGACAGCCUCAUAGUGUAGAGGAGGCCUCUGACUGGUGUGGGAUUUGCCCUCCCAGGCCCAUGGGUAACACUGCUCUUCUACUGCUGCUCUUAUUCACUAUACCUUGAUGAAUUUACCUUGACAGCCUUGUGGACUAAAGUGGUCCAUUUGCCUGCAAUAGGCAGAACAAUACAAACCACACUUCUUCCCCCAUGGGCCUCAAGCCAACCUUGGUUCAGAGGAGCAACCUCUGUGGCUGAGGGUAAUUCAGUCUCCAUGCUCCUUCCCUCCUUAGCAUCUGCUGCAGCUAGCAUCUGGGGAACAGCCAGUAGCAGUUGUGAAAGUGAUACUUAUCCCCUAAGAAACAGACUGAAACAAUCAACUCAUUUCACAGGUCAUUGAACAUCUAUCCACUGGGUUUGGGUCAUUACUUACCAGGGCUAGAUUUAAGUGGGGUCAUAGAACAGUGGCUCAUUAAUGGGUGGCAAUAAAUGUCAAUAAAAAAACCCACCAACACAAAUAGCAGAGGAAGUUUAAAAUGAUUGGUGGCCCUUUUCUUGAACUUUUACUUUUUCUAUAACCUGUUUGAAAUGCUAGAUUUCUGAAGCCAAUUUUAAUUAACAGGAAUUAAAAAGUUGGCCAAUGCUUUUUUUUUCUUUGUAUGGCACAGAAAUAAAUAUGUGAGACGGGGACCUCACAAUGAGGUAUGUAUGUAUGUGUUCAGUAAGUUAACGAAGACAUUGUUUUAACUCAUUUUUUCUUCAGGAAGGUAUUUCUUUCAUGUCCCUUUGGGUUCAUGUCAGCUUCAGCCCCUGCACCAUUCCUGGUGUCAGAAAAAAUCAACAUCUGCUGUACAACACAACUGUGUCAAUUCCCCAACAAUGAAUCAAACCUUCAAGACACCAGAAGAUGCACUCUCUAAUUUGUACUCUUCUGAACAACAAGCUGUCAUCCUGCAAGUGCUCAACACAGCAUCUGAGAGAGAGCUUUCCACCAUUAAACUAUUACGAGGACGAAAAUGUGUCAGCAUAAUUAAGCAUAGGGAAAAAUAUGGACCAUUUCAGAACGUGCAGAGUUUAUUGAACGUGCCUCUCUUUCAAUAUAAAACUACUGUUAAGGUGUGUAACUUUAUCCUCAAUCCGUCUGAGAAAGGAGAUAGAAGAGAGAGAAAAAUACAAGACACCAGGCCUGCAAUGAGGUUUAUUAAACCUGAAAUAGAGAGAGAGAGGUUGGAGACUUUAGAUAGCAUUGUGUCUGUUGUUUUUGGCACCCGUAAAAUUGCAUGGGCUCAUGUUGAUCGAAAUCUAGCAGUUCAUGACUGGCAACAAGAAGAGUGUGGUAGAUUCAUGAAAGGAUCCUAUAUUCCAGCAGUGUAUCUGGAAGAAAUUUCUUCAGUAGUUUCUAAGAUUCCUGAAGCUGAUCUUUAUGUUCUGGAAAAAAAUGGACUGUCUGCUCAAAAUACAAAUCUCUUUCCUAUAACAUUACAUCUUCGUACUGUGGAAGCUAUGCUGUAUGCCCUAUUACAAAAGACAUUUAGGCAAGAUGGCCAGCACAAGGUACUAAGUAUGGCCCGAAGCACUGUAGGAAAACACUUCGGAUUGAUGGUAGGAGAUUCUCGAACUAGUGGAAUGGACCUGGUGAAGCAGUUUCUUUUACAGUCUGUUACCCAAGAACAGCCCCGGUUGUCCUUUCCCAGGAACAAGGUGGUAUGUUACAGAAACCUAUUUUCUUCAGUCACACAAAACAGAGAUGAGGAGAUGUGUGAUUCAUUACUACAGGCUCUAGCCUUCUAUGAACUUUUGUUAAAUAACACUACUUAAACCUUUGCUGUUAUGAGCAGAACCACAAUAAAAACUUAACUCUAA